UUCAGGGAACAUUGAAGAGAUGGUGGCACAUCACACUCCAGCACAAUAAGAAGGAUACAAGCUGAAGUGAUUGCAUUGUGUAUUGUGAGUGCACAGGACAUCACCGGCGCUGGACCAUGAACUGGAAUCUGCUGGCUGUACUGCUUCUCCUCCUGCAAGGGUUCAUCAGUAGCACCCAAUCUGCGGCAUGCAAUGGAUGUGGAACUAGCAAAUGUGACUGCAGUGGAGUAAAAGGACAAAAAGGAGAUCGAGGUUUACCUGGUCUACCUGGCAUCAUUGGAUUUCCUGGACUUCAAGGACCUGAAGGGCCUCCUGGACCACUGGGACAUAAGGGUGAUACUGGUGAGCCAGGACUUCCAGGAACAAAGGGAAACAGAGGGCCUGCCGGAUCAGCUGGAUUUCCAGGAAACCCAGGCCUCCCUGGCAUACCUGGGCAAGACGGCCCACCUGGUCCACCAGGUAUUCCAGGCUGCAAUGGCACGAAGGGAGAAUUAGGACCUUUUGGACCUCCUGGGCUACCGGGGCUCCUAGGUUAUCCUGGUGCUCCAGGACCUCCAGGACUUAAGGGAGAACCAGGAGACAUCAUUGGUUUUAUGGCAAAAGGUGAAAAGGGAUUUCCUGGAAUUAAUGGUUUACCAGGUACACCUGGACUCCCCGGAUUAGAAGGACCGAUAGGACCGCCUGGACCACCAGGUCGUCUAGGGCCACCAGGACCACCAGGUCAACCAGGACCAAAGGGCACUAUGGGUCUGAGUUUUCAUGGACCACAGGGUGACAAAGGCGAGGCUGGUCCUCAGGGUCCCCCUGGUCCACAGGGUCAACAAGGUUCACCAGAAGUGUACAGAGUAAAGGGAGAAAAGGGUACAGCGGGUGACAAAGGUGACAGAGGAUUUCCAGGGAGUCCUGGACAGAGCAUCAAAGGAGAAAAAGGAGAGAAUGGAAAGCCAGGGCCGAGGGGAAAACCUGGAAAAGAUGGUGAUCUAGGAGAGAAGGGAUCUGCUGGAAUCCCAGGUAGCCCAGGCUUUCAUGGAUUUCCUGGACAGGAAGGUCAUAAAGGAGACAGAGGAGAACGUGGGUUUCCAGGACCUCCAGGAGCUGUAAUAGGCGAUGGCCAGCCUACUGUAAUUGGAGAGAAGGGAAACACUGGACUACCUGGUUAUCCUGGUAGCAAAGGAGACAGGGGUGCUAAAGGUGAACCUGGGAUACAAGGAUUAUCUGGAUCACCAGGGUUAUCUAUUCCUGGAUCACCUGGAGAACAAGGAUUUACAGGGGAUAGGGGUGAUAAAGGUGAUUCUGGAUUGCCUGGGUUAUCCCUACCAGGGGAGAAGGGCAGCCAAGGUCCAACUGGGCCUCAAGGAUUUCCAGGCCCACCUGGCCCCAUUGAUCCAACCCAAGAAUGCAUUGCGGGGCACCCUGGUGAUCGUGGAUCCGAUGGAAACCCAGGCCAACAAGGAUUCCAAGGAGAAAGGGGACAGAAAGGUGACAGAGGAGAUGCAUGUGCAAUAUGUGAAACAAUGCCGUCACCACUUCCUGGACCACCAGGUCCUCAGGGCCCUGCUGGGCAACCAGGAUAUCCUGGUCAGCAAGGUAGCAAAGGAGACAGAGGGGAACCAGGUUUUGAUGGCUUACCAGGAGUACCUGGACCACCAGGUAAUGCGGGUCUGCUAGGGAGUCCUGGAGCAAAGGGAGAACCCGGGGAAGUUUUUUUUGAACCAAAACUUAAGGGCGAAAAGGGAGAUGCAGGUUUCCCAGGACAAUCAGGAACUCCUGGAAAAGAAGGAAGACCUGGAAGAGAUGGACUACCGGGUCAGCCUGGCCCCAAGGGUGCUUUGGGCACAAUUGGUACUAAAGGAGAGCGUGGGCCACCUGGCGACAGCGGAUUUCCUGGAAUUACUGGAGGCAGAGGUUUGCCAGGAGCUCCAGGAGUUGGGCAACCGGGACAGCCUGGAGACAGAGGAGACCCAGGAACCCAUGGUUUUGUAGGAUUACCUGGAAGCCCUGGAAAUAAAGGUGAACCUGGAAAAGCUCUAGUUGUAGCUGGAGCCCCAGGCACAAUGGGACCUGCAGGUACUCCUGGAUUACCUGGGGAUCAAGGUGAGAAGGGUUCUGCAGGUUUUCCAGGAAGACCUGGGCUCCCAGGGGAAAAAGGAGAUGCUGGUAUAGAGGGUAAAGGACUUCCUGGACCCCCUGGAGAAAAAGGCUACCCUGGAAUGGAUGGCCCGCGGGGAGUAGAUGGCAUUACUGGUCAGCCAGGUCGUGAUGGUUUUCCUGGAGUUCAAGGUCUAUCAGGAGAGAAAGGUGAACCAGGACUGGGUCUUCCAGGCCCUAAAGGAUUGCAAGGAUCACCAGGUCCUUCUGGCCCUGCUGGAGAAAAAGGAAGUACAGGACCACCAGGUGUCCCUGGUGAACAGGGUCUUUCAGGGGUUCCUGGCCAAUCGGGCACUAAAGGUGACACUGGUCCUGCUGGAGCAACAGGCAUGAGAGGUAAUCCUGGUGCACCCGGUAUUGGUCCACAUGGAGAACCAGGGCCUCAAGGAUCACAGGGAUCUCCUGGAGUUCCAGGCCCUGUUGGACAGAAAGGAGACAGAGGAUAUCCUGGAUUCCCUGGAGCAGAUAUGUCAGGACCAAAAGGAGACAAGGGAAAAUCAGGCAUGCCUGGGUCCAUGGGUAUGCCAGGUUUGCUUGGACAACCGGGUCCACCAGGAAAAGACGGGGCGCCAGGUUUUCAAGGCCAAAAAGGAGAAAUGGGUUUUAUGGGAGUUCCAGGAACCGCUGGUCAGCCGGGUUCCCCAGGAAAUCCAGGCUUAUCCGGAGAAAAAGGUGAUUCUGGUUCUCCUGGGAUCCGUGGCGAGCCAGGAUUUCCUGGUUUUAAAGGUGAAAAGGGUGAAGAUGGACUGCAAGGACCACCAGGAUCUCUUCCGUCCAUGGAAAACAUGAAGGGUCAAAAGGGAGAUCAGGGAGACAAAGGUCUAAUUGGUAUUGAAGGACAAAAGGGGAGGCAGGGUGAAAUAGGAAGCUUUGGAAUGCCUGGAAAAGAUGGAGAUCAAGGAAUGCCAGGAAAACCAGGAGCCAAAGGAGACAAGGGAAGUCACGGUGUGCCAGGAGGUCCAGGAACUGCAGGUCCAAAAGGAUCCAUGGGAGAAAUGGGAUUACCAGGAUCUACUGGACCAAAGGGAGAACAUGGUAUUCAAGGCACUCCAGGUCUACCAGGUGUAACUGGGAUCAAAGGUGAAAGGGGGCUGAAAGGUGAAGAUGGGCCUCCAGGUGUUGGUAUUCCUGGACCUCCAGGGUCAAAGGGUGAUUCUGGAGUCCCAGGUCAACACGGUUUUCCAGGUGAAAGGGGAGAAAAGGGUGAUGGCGGUGUCCCUGGGAUGCCAGGGUUUCCAGGUUUAAAGGGAUCAACAGGUCCUGCAGGACAUUCAGGUAGCCCAGGAAUUCCUGGAGAGAAGGGAGCUAAAGGGUUCCCUGGACUGGAUGGUGCUGCUGGAUCAAAAGGACACACAGGUGAACCUGGAAUUCAGGGACCACCUGGUUCAAUUGGAGAAAAGGGUGAGUCUGGUUAUGAUGGAAUCCCUGGAGCACCUGGUGAAAAGGGUGACCACGGUUUACCAGGAAGAGGCCUACCUGGAUUUCCUGGAGAAGGGGGAGAGAAAGGUUACAAAGGCGAAGCUGGUUUACCUGGCGCACCUGGUCUCCCUGGCUUUCCUGGUAUUAAAGGUGAUCAAGGGUUUCCUGGUAGGGAAGGACCUCAAGGGCCAGCAGGAUUUCCUGGACCUGCUGGAGUGGCAAUGGAAGGUCCAAAAGGAGAAAGAGGAAAUCAGGGACAACCUGGAUUUCCAGGUUCUCCGGGUGCUAUGGGUAUUCCUGGCCUUUCAGGACAGGAUGGAUUGAAAGGAGAAAGAGGAGAACAGGGUUGGCCUGGAUCUCCUGGUUCCCCGGGAGUGAAAGGUAAUCCUGGAAUACAAGGACUUCCUGGUGAUGCUGGUUCUCCAGGAAUAGAAGGACAGAAAGGUGAUGGGGGUUCUCAAGGAAUGCCAGGAUUUCCAGGUGUGAAAGGUUCACUAGGACCCAUAGGAGACAAAGGACAAACAGGAGAUCGGGGUGAACCUGGGCCUAAAGGUUUACAGGGUCAUCCAGGGCCUGCAGGUCAACUUCAGAUAAUUAAAGGAGAUCCUGGCCCUCCAGGACCAGCAGGUCCCCAUGGCCCGAAAGGAUUCCCAGGAUAUCCUGGUCCUAAGGGAGAGCAAGGUUUUAUUGGUGCUGUAGGAUUGCCUGGACCAUCUGGAGCACCAGGAAUACAUGGUAUCCCAGGUCAAAAAGGUGAAAUUGGUCCCAGUGGACCAACAGGCCCAAGAGGGUAUCCUGGCCCACCAGGUUCAGAUGGUUUACCUGGUCCCAUUGGCUUACCUGGACUUCCGUCUAUGGCUCAUGGAUUUCUGGUUACAAGACACAGCCAGACAAUUGAGGAGCCAUCUUGUCCUCUAGGCACAGCCCCAGUAUACUCUGGUUACUCACUUCUCUAUGUACAAGGAAAUGAAAGAGCACACGGUCAAGAUCUAGGUGCUGCUGGAAGCUGUCUACGUAAAUUCAGCACAAUGCCUUUUCUGUUCUGUAAUAUUAAUAAUGUAUGUAACUUUGCAUCAAGAAACGAUUAUUCCUACUGGCUUUCAACACCUGAACCAAUGCCAAUGAGCAUGGCUCCUAUCACAGGAGACGCCAUCAAGCCUUUCAUUAGCAGAUGCAGUGUUUGUGAAGCACCAGCCAUGGUUAUGGCAGUUCACAGUCAAACAAUUCAAAUCCCUACAUGUCCAGAUGGGUGGAUUUCAUUGUGGAUUGGAUAUUCAUUUGUAAUGCAAACCAGCGCUGGUGCUGAAGGUUCUGGCCAGGCUUUGGCAUCUCCAGGUUCUUGUCUGGAGGAAUUCCGUAGUGUACCAUUCAUCGAGUGUCAUGGACGAGGAACCUGUAACUACUAUGCCAAUACGUACAGCUUUUGGCUGGCUACAAUUGAGAGAGAUGAAAUGUUCAAAAAACCUAUACCUUCAACUCUGAAAGCUGGAGAUCUCCGUACACAUGUCAGCCGUUGUCAAGUAUGCAUGAGAAGGACUUAAUAAUAUCAAACACCAAUUAAACAUCAAAAAUCAUAUUUGAAUACAAAAUAUGGUGCUAUUUUUCUAACAUGAAAAGCCAAAUACUAUAUCCAUGUACCUCGCUAUUGUACAAAAAGAAAACAGUAAAGUGCAUUAUAGGAAAUCACAUCAUUCACUCUGUUUUACUGGUCUUUGCCUACUUACAGAGAAAAGACAAUCAGAUUUCUUUAUGGCACUUUGAAAUGUUAUAAAGUAAAUAAAAUAAUGCACUGAUUCCCUACAGCAGCAGAAGCUGAUUUCUUAAUUCAUAAGGUGCUAGGAGAUAUACGGUGCCUUAUGCUGUUGACUCCUCUUACUACUCUUGUAUUAUAUUUUGUUUUCUGUUUCGUAGAUACAAUGUUGUAUAAGUAUUUUGAAAUUCUUGUAUACAUUUUUUAAUAACUGAUGUAUGUCCACUAUCUGUACAAAGUUAGACUGGGAUAAUCUGUAGCUGGAAGUUUAAACAAAGAAGUACUUUAUUAAACAAAAAAAGAAAAAAGAAACUGCGCUGAGAAGUUGAACCAGCUAGCAAAACCUGGAGGGCUUUGUCAAGCGAAAACGCGGAAGCAGCGACUCUCCUGUGUAACAAUGAACAGUGAACAAAGAUAAAAAAUAUAUAAAGUUGAGCUACAUAAAAGCAUACAUAAAUCACAAAUGCUCUCAUCAACCCCAAAUUUGUGAAACAUAAGUGUGUUGAGUGAAAGAUAGCCAAAUAAAUAAAAAAUGACUAAAUAUGAAUGCUGAAAAAUCCAUGAACGUGAAAAAGAAUAAAAUAUCAGCUCCGUCACCUCUCGAUACUGCUCGCAACCCAGACAGACGGCACAUCGGACUUAAGGCUUCCAUUAUCCAGUUGUUUGUAAGCGUGUUUUUACUAUUAUCUUUUAAAAUAAACCAAAGGUUUUACACAAUCGGAGCCUCUAUAUCUUUUACAUGCUACGCUAUGUGCCUUUGAGUCUGAAAUGUCCAUGAGAGCGAUCUGAUCAGUGCAGCUUUGAAGCGCUUGGAACACAGACUGUGUUAAUUACAUGCCUUUGCUGAUCCUCUGUUGUGGGGGGAUCAUGUUUUUCUGGUAAGUAGUGAUUCUCUCCAUUGGUGGUGGACUUCACAUUAUCCUUUGUCACCAGAGUUUGAUGAGCCUGUAUUCACCAAUUGGUGUUAAGAGGCUUUGCACGGGUGGACAUCUUUCAAUUUUGUCUAUGCAUAUGGAUGGACUUAAUUUUUGAAUUUUAUGUUUCACUUGGACAUUAUAAUUUUAUUCUUUUUCACGUUCACGGAUUUUUCAGCAUUCAUAUUUAGUAAUUUUUGAAUUAUUUGGCUAUCUUUCACUCAACACUCUUAUGUUUCACUAAUUUGGGGUUGAUUAGCGCAUUUGUGAUUUAUGUAUGCUUUUAGGUAGUGCAACUUUAUAUAUUUUUUUACUUUAUUAAACAACUACCAAUUUGUCGUAAUUUAAGACAGCAGCAAAAGCAGGCAAGUGCACGUCUGAAAUACAUGCUUCCAUAUGUUUUUUCCCCCAAACUUGUGCUUCUUUUUGGAGGUCACUUUAGAUUUCAUAGCAUAAUGUCAGUUUGAAAUAUCACAGCCAGAUAUUUGAAAAGGAGCAACUUCUUUUCAGAUUAAGGCUUCAGAUUCAGCUCUCUCAAUGUUAUUUUAUUAUCCUGUGUCCUGUUCCACUAGAUUAAAACCUUAACAAACAGGGUUUAUGGGUUGCAUACAAACCCUCCAGUAACCGGUGGACAUUCCAGGAAGUGUUCCAAAAAGUGGUGUGUCCUCCUUAAAACUAGUCCAGACAUCAAGUUCUUCUGCAGAGCUCCUUCUGUGAAUUUCGGAACUAUAUGAUUCAAAGGGAUGCUCAUGGAUUCUAGCUGUUUUUCUUAAUUACUUCAUUCAUUUAUUAAAAGAACAAAAAAUGAUAAAAUGAAUGACCAAAUUGAAUAUAGCAGCAUUGAAACCAGAUAUUGAAGGCCUCCAGAAUACUGUACACGUUUUACUAUAAUGAAUCCCUAUAUUGCUUAGCCACACUUGGUCCAGAAUACUCAGAGUACAGAUAUGUGGGAGCUUUUCAAAUAUCUGCCAUCCACCAAAAAGCUCAGUUUGAUUCAGGUUCUUAACCCUAGAAGACUGCAUUGCUCCAUUCUGUUUUAUUUUUAUUUGUUUUAAAAGCAAUAAAACUAUGCUAUUCGCUUACAUCAUAUAACAAAACACUUAUUAUAAUUAUAUAAAAUAAAUCUACCAAAUGAAAAAUCCACUUAUAGUAAAUAUAUUUUUCUAGCACCGAUCCUAUAUUUUAGUAAUUUAUGUUUAAAAUAAAACAAGUAUACACUAACUGUGAUUGUUUUUAUGUAAAUGUUUUAAAUAUAUAUAUAUAAUGUACAAUGUAAUACUAAAGAACCUGGCUCCCUGCUGUUCAACAUGGUUUUAUAGUUUACAAAAUGAUUUUGCCACUUGCAUUGUUAUAAAUUAUAUUAGCAUAUUGAAUAUACCAUGAGUCUAGUCCAGCACUAAAUGUAUGUUAUUAUGUCAAAUAUAAUACAUUCCAUGCUGUAAACACCAUCAGUAUUCUGCAGCAUCUUUCAAUCAAUUUUGCAGCAACCCACGCGUACUCAUAGUUUUGUAUUUAAAUUCGACAAAAGUUUUUAAAGUUUUCCUUAUGAUAUAAGUUUACAUAUAAAAUAGGCAUAUUUUGAUAAAAGGUUACUGAGCUGCUUAUGUUUUUAAGUUAUUAAAUCCCAGCAAGAAAUCUUACUGCCAGUGGGGUACAUUCAGGACCUGAUUUCUGCAUAGCCAACAUAGGCCACAGCCUAGGAUGGAAUAGCUGCCA